UCGGCCCCUUUGGUGCAUGGAGCUUCGAAACUGGCCCAACCUGAUUCGACACGCCUGGCAACCGCGGGAAUUGGAUUGCGAAAGAUUCCGACCUGUAUUGAAUCGCCACAACGACACCGACGACAAACAUCGCCGUAACCGCAUCGCUAACCCCCCCCGAACGUGUUUACGAUCAAUCGAACUCCGACAAUGUCGUACCCUUCAGCAGCUCCUUUCAUUCUCAGGCGGCCGUGGCUCAAGAAGCUGCUCAUGCCCGUGGCUGAGUGGCACGCAAAUGCUGCUGGUUACCGUCAGAUGGGUCUCAGGGCCGAUGACCUGAUUCCCGAGGAGAGCGAGACCGUGCAGGCCGCCAUCAAGCGCCUCGACGCAAAGGAGAACUACGACCGCAUCUUCAGACUCCGCCGUGCCGCGCAGCUCAGCUUAUCGCACCAAUUGCUACCCAAGAGCGAGUGGACCAAGCCAGAGCAGGACGUCCCCUACCUGCUGCCGAUUAUCAAGCGCGUCGAGGCCGAGCUCGCCGAGAAGGCCGCCCUCGAUUCUGCCGAGGUCCUUCCCAAGGGCGCCCACUAGAGCUUUGAUUCGACGGCGAGAGAGAAAAAAAGAACGGAAACCAUUUAAUACGAACUUUGCGAUGGAGGAAGGCGCAGCAUUACUAUUGAAGGGUUGCGGAGGCGUCAUUGUCUCAGCAAUGCCGUCAGUCCUCGACCUUGAGCAGUUUGAAAUCCUCUAGACGACCUGCUGAUUCUGUUGACCUGCUGGUCGGUAAGGAGAAUGGGUACUGCUUGGUCAAAAACGCGGACCCUAGCGUAACACCUUUUUUAUAUCAGUGUUCCCUCCCGGUCUUCCAGACUGGGACUGUUUGAAUUUAGACGACUGGAAACGGUCAAGCAAAACUCGCGUUACUUGUGGAAACCCUGUAUAUCAUACAUUAGACUCUAUCAACCCGCAAACUCGUAACUCCCUAGCAAUUCUUUGGCUCCCUGGAUGUUCGAUCAUCCUCAAAUUGCAGCCCCGUAGUCCGUGAACUGAAUCCUGG